UCGAGUUCUUGCCCUUUCCCGACGAUCCCUAAAGUUAAGAAAGGAUGCCAAAUGGAGACAGCUUUCUACUCCCCAUCACAGUGUCCGAAGUUAAUAGAAAACUGCGGUAAGCGGAAGCUAUGCUCGUAUCCACUCUUUGUUUCUGUUCCUUUUAACAUCCGCAAUGACACGUACCCUUUAGCCUCUCCAAUUGGGUAG